UCCCCACAGUUCAGCUCGGGCGGCAGCUACGACAGCGUGAAGAUGGAGCUGGGUGCUGAGGACCUAACCAUGGGGCGUCACGGCAGCCAGGUCGCCGCCGACGAUGACGACGAUGACCACGACGACCACGACGACAACGACAAGAUUAACGACACGGAGGGCGUGGACCCCGAGAGACUAAAGGCCUUCAAUAUGUUUGUGCGUCUGUUUGUGGACGAGAACCUGGAUCGGAUGGUUCCCAUCUCCAAACAGCCCAAGGAGAAGAUCCAGGCCAUCAUCGAGUCCUGCAGCAGACAGUUCCCGGAGUUCCAGGAACGCGCCCGCAAGCGCAUCCGCACCUACCUCAAAUCCUGCCGACGCAUGAAGAAGAACGGCAUGGAGACUCGUCCUACUCCACCUCACCUCACCUCAGCCAUGGCUGAGAACAUCCUCGCCGCGGCCUGUGAGAGCGAAUCACGCAACGCCGCAAAGAGGAUGCGCCUCGAAGCUUACCACGAUGAGAUCUCUCUGGACAAGCCGUCCAGCGGCGGAGGAGGUCUGAGGGAGCCGGCGUCCCUCGCUCACUCCGCCUACUCCCUGGCCGCCUCAGCCUUCUCCUCCCAGGACAGCCAGCUCUACAUCAACGGGGCUGGACUCAGCUACGGUUACCGUGGUUACCCGGGCCUGGGUGCUGCCAUGCAACAUCCCGUUUCCCUGACGACCGGCGCUGCCUCUCAGAGUAACGGGCCCACAGACCUCAGCAUGAAAUCCCUCGCCUCCGCCAACAUCACUAACUCCUCCUCCUCCGCCUCCGCCAACAACAGCCUGGGCGGGCGGGGCAACGGGGGCGCAGGAGGGGGCGGGGCGUCGACCCAGCUCAGCCAACCGGAGAUCACUGCCGUGCGCCAGCUGAUCGCCGGCUACCGGGAGUCGGCCGCCUUCCUGCUGCGCUCAGCGGACGAGCUGGAGAAUCUCAUCCUUCAACAGAACUGAAGUCGGAGGAGAACACACACACACACACACACACACACACACACACACACACACACACACACACACACACACACACACACACACACACACACACACACGUCCCGUGUUUUGUGUCCUUAUCGACCUGACCUCCUCGUGUUUUUUUUGCUCAUCCCUCCUGGAAAUCGUUGGCGUCUCUUCGUCUGCCUCUUUCUUUGGAAUCUUUUUUGAGAAGAAGUGGGAAACUGGGAUGAGGAAGGGUCCGUUCCCCCCAAAAAACAAACUCCCCCCCCCCCCCCCGUAAUCAUUCCCACUCAACCUCAGCCUGUUGAUUCUCCCUCAGGAGGAGGUCGGAGAAAAUGAACGGG